GACAUCUUUCUUAUAACCACGCCAAAUAAUCGCAAUACGUUGGUUGACCGUUUUGCGCGUGUUUUUAUUGCUUAGGGCAACAGUGUCGAACGAGUCUGAUGAUCUAAUCCGCGCUCAGCGUCCCAAUUCCGCAUUUCUAUCUCAGCGACGCGCACUUUCGCCAUAGCAUAGACUUGUCGCAAACUUGAUAUCUCAGCGCCUAGCGACCAUUGCGCCAUGUCAUCGCCACUGUCAGAAGCUCCUGAAGAGGCUGCGCCUGCCGCCAACGAACCUCGCUCACGCCGCUCCGGACGCGUCUUACGCAAGCCCGAACUCUACAUUGAAGAAACACCCGCAGCCUCGAAGCGCAAGCGUGACGCAGGAGACGAAGACCAGGAAGACCAGAAUGACGACGAGGAGGAGUCCGAGGAAGACGAGAGCGAACCUGGUGAGGAAGAGCUCCGCGAACAGAAAGCCAAAGCACGCAAGACAAAGGCUGCUGCACCCAAGAAACCUGCUGCGAAGCGCCCAAAAACUAACGGCACGUCGGUCGCAUUGCCUGUCAGAGCGGUAGCAAAGAAGGGUCGCUCGAAGAAGGCGAAGGGUGUGGACGAGGCGGCUGCCGAGGAAGCUGGAGGUCUCUACGCUGAGGUCUUUGCCCGAGGCAAAACACUGGACGAAGCGGCAGAAGACUGGCUGAAAUCUUUCGAGGAACACGAAUCACGCGCUGUGGCCGACCUGGUCAACUUCGUUCUCAGAUCUGCCGGCUGCGACUUGGAAGUUACGCACGAGGACAUUGAAGAUCCCGACAAUUGUGCCGGCAAGCUCGGCGACUUGCAAGAAGAGUUCCAGGCACAAAAUCUGUCCGAGUAUCCCAUCAUUGCAAAGGGCAAAGGUACCGCCGCAUUCAAAGACUCGUUGACCGGCUUCUUCUACACCCUGAUCAAAGCCAUUCACACGAACCAAGUCCUUUUCAGCAACAUCGAACUUAUCGAAAACAUCCAAGUAUGGCUCAGCACCAUGUCAGCAGCCCAGAACAGACCCUUCAGACACACUGCCACCGUCGUCUCCCUGGCCGUUAUCACCGCCCUUUGCGAAAUUGGCAGCGAGCUCGCCGACGAGGCCUCCAAAGCUUUGCGCCAUGCCGAGACGCAGAAGAAGAGCAAGAACGCAAACAAGACACGAGUCAGUGAACUGCAGACCUUCUCCAAGCAAGCCAAGGCCAACCAGGAAAUACUCGACAACACCGUCAAGGACUGGUUUGACACCAUCUAUAUCCAUCGCUACAGAGAUGUAGAUCCUCAUAUCCGUGUCGAUUGCGCAAAAGCUCUCGGAGACUGGAUCGUAGCCUACCCAGACCAGUUCUUCGACGGCCAGCAUCUGAGAUACCUUGGCUGGGUACUCUCUGAUACUAACCACUCGACCCGUCUGGAAGUCAUCAAACAGCUUCACAGACUGUAUGCCGACAAGGACAAGCUUGGUGGUCUCAAGACUUUUACAGAGCGCUUCAGGGGCCGCAUGGUUGAGAUGGCCACAAGAGACGCCGAAUCGAGUGUGCGAGCCGCGACUGUUGAGUUGCUCGACGACUUGAGGGAAGGUGGUCUGCUCGAGCCCGACGACAUUGAUGCUAUUGGAAGACUGAUUUUUGACGCCGAGCCACGAGUGAGGAAGUCCGUGGUUGGGUUCUUCGCCGAGAGCAUCAACGACGCUUAUGAAGCAAAAGUUGACGCUCUUGGUGGACAAGAGGCCCUGGAAGAGAUUCUUGGGGAAGAUAACGACUCUUACGACAGCCCAUCCCAGGAAUGGAUCAAGUUCAAAUGUCUUGCCGAAGGACUCGAUUCAUACGAUUCGGCCGACGGUCCCUUGCCGCAGAAUGUCGAAAAGGGCCCUGGUCAAGGUGGAUACCUGCUGCACACUGGCUCAGCUGAAUCUCGCUUUUUGGUUGCUGCAGACACACUCAAUGAACAGAUCGAAGAGGUUCGCGAAUGGGAGAAGUUGGCCGGGUAUCUCCUUUACGACACUUCAGUGGAAGAUCAGAAUGGCGAUGCUGCAAGUGGAGAGUCACAAUUGAAGCAAGAAUUGAAGCUCACCGAAAGUGAGGAGGUCAUCCUUCUGGAAGUCCUGAACUCAUCUGUCAAACAAGCCGUCGCCUCCCUGGUGGAGGUGCUGUCAGACAAGAAGACGAAAAAGACCAAGAAACAAAAGGAAGACGUCGAAGGAAUGCAGGAACAGGCAGCACGUCAUCUCGCAAACUUGAUCCCCCGAUUGCUUAAGAAGUUCGGAGAAUCACCACAGACGGCUGCAAGUACCCUUCGUCUCGGAAGGGUCCUUAGUCUGGAAGCCUUCCAAGAGUUCAGACAGGACUCCUCCACAUACGCAACAUUGCUCAAUGACUUCAACAAGCAAUUCCUAUCUCAUAGUAACGAGGAAGUGUUGGCGGAGGCCAGUCGAGCUCUGUUACGUGCAAAGAGCUAUCAUGAGCUCGGUGAUGUUCCGGAUGAAAGAAUUGACACUCUCUGGGAAGACACCAUUACCACGUUCUCCACCAUCACACAAGACAAAGAUCUCGAAACCCGAGGCGGCAUGUCCACAACAAUUCUCGAUGGUAUUUCUAGGACGGUGCUACGUCUUGAGAAACUGUCCAGUAUUUCUAAUCCCGUCGAGUACUUUGAGACCGAACCUACUGUAUCGUCCACUGCACGUCCCGAAACUUCGGAGCCUUCCCCGCCUAUUGAUUUUCUCAUUGCCCUCAUCAACAGAGCAGCGUCGCCCAAAGGCUCGGACCCAGAGACCGCAGCCCUCGAUGACGCAGUUGCUAUGCACGCAUCACGAACAGUCUGUUUCUACUUCAUGUGGCGUAUACCCGCAUUCAUUCAGGCACUUCAGACCACGGCUCUCCCAGAUAUUGAACUCGAAAAUCUUGCCACAAGACGCGACGCAUAUAUCAAUGCUCUUGGAGCAGUGCUGAAGUCACGCCCUGUGGCAGACGAGCUGAGCCCUAUGGUUGCCGGCAUGUUGUUGGACAUCCACACCUUGAUGGCUCGUCUGCGCCACGUGAACACAGACAAGAAUGGGGAUGAGUACCUUGUUCUCGCGCUGGAGAUGGACGCUGUCUUGCAAAAACGCAUUCUCCGUGUCUUUGGUGCCGUCGAAUCUACAUUCGCCAAGGCCAGUGGAAAGCACGUGGAAGUCGAAGCUGAGAACUCGCAAGCUCAGGAGUCAGAAGACGAGGAUGAGGAACCUGCCGACCCCAUCGACGAAGAUCCCGAGUCCGACCCAUCAGAUGACGAAGCCGACGUUGAUGACGAACAACAGACUCAAGCCUCGCAAGUCAAACGCGUUCAGAAACUGCAGAACAGUCUUCUAGCAGAACAACGACUUUGCGAGUUGUCUGGAAAACUGGUUUUGGCUAUCCUGGGCCGCAUGGUCAAUGCGACAGCCAUCAAGCAGAGACUCGAACGCAACAAGACACGCCUUGGUCCCAAUUUCAAGGGUGUACUCGAGCACCUGGAUACCCAAACGAAGAACAAGAAGGGCAAGGGCAAAAUCACCGCUGUGAAGACUGGGGCACAACAGACAAAAGCCAAGCCUGCACCACAACAACAAAAGAGCAAGGAAGUCGUCGUCGAGGACGAUUCAGAAGAAGAGGACGAAGAAGCUGUAUGUGAAAAGGAAAUUAUCGAAGAUGACGAGAUGCCAGAUGCCAACGACGAGGGCGGUAAUGAAGAAGAGAAAGAGCAAGAUGAAGUCGCUGCUGAUGCCGAGAGUGUGGCGGGUGACUAGAAGACCACCACUGGCUGUACUCUGGUAUGAUGGAACUUUCUCUAGUUGUGUUCGUUUUUUGGUUUUCUUUUCUGUACAUACCCCCCACCUGACCCCUUUAGCUAUUACUCGAAGCUUGUUCUUAUCAAUCAUUACAUAUGCGCCAUAUCCUUCAACGUGCCGUUUUCCCUG